AUGGCCUCCGCUCUCCAUCUCAUUGUGCUUCUUGGAGUGUGGGUAGGAGCUAAUGUAAGUACCAACACCAGUCAAUGCAGCUUUAUAAAGGGGUCAACUCUCUGACCUGAACUAUAUUUCAUUUUUAUUUUUGUUUCUUGUUCGGUAACAAAUAUCUUUUCUGAAAGCCUUCAAAGUUCCUACGGGAGUUGAUUACAAUCAUACAAACUCACGAUUACUAAGUUGACAUGAAACUAUCACAAGUGUACGUGAGGAAAUUCUAUAUUUGACAAGAUAACCUGAACUCACAGCUGAUGAUAAUGUUUUGUUGAUGUUUGCAGGCAGGCAAAUGUCACAAAAAAGGUGGGUACACUUUUCUUCUUUUGACUCAAGGAUUUCUCAAGAUGUCAACAUUUGAGGACGAGGUCUGAGUUAUCCGUUAGUGGGUGCAGAAGCUUCAGUUUAAGACCUUCAGACAUUUUUUGCAGAUGUGUUUGAAAAAAUCAGGCAAAUAAAACCAACUAAAUUCCAUCCAUGGCUCCCAAAGUCCAAAGUGGAUUUAACACAGCCUUCCACGCCAGCGUAUGCAUCGUAGUUCAUGUUUUUUAAGAGAUAGGAGCAUGUUUGACUAAAACUUAAACAAACUGAAGUUGGUUUUGCUUUGAUAUUGUAACAAUGAUCCCUCAGAUACACUAUUUCAAACAUGACGUUUGUGUCAUAGGGAGCUGCUGUAUGGCCUGCCCUGAAGGUUGGACCGAGUUUCACUCUCACUGUUUUUUGUUCGUCCGUGAGCAAAAGAGCUGGUCUGAUGCAGAGGUACAAUAAUAAUAAUAAUAAUAAUAAUAAUAAUAAUAAUAACGCAGAACAUUUAAAGCACAAUAAUGAUCCAGAGCAUGCUUUGUUGCUAACCUCUCUCCACACUUUGUUUAGGAUGACUGCAUAGACCGUGGAGGAAAUCUGGCUUCAGUCCGCGACUCAAAUCAGUAUCAGUCACUGCAGGAGAUGAUCUAUACGGCGACAGGCGAGCACCAACAAGCUUGGCUUGGCGGCUACGAUGCAGCAGAGGUGAGUGGUUAACAUACGACGUGCCGUCCUCUGGAGCUGUAACGAGGGACAAUAAAGAAGUAGGGUUAAAGGUGGGGUAAUCAGGAUCUGGUGAAGUUCCAGUUUUUAGGAGAAAUCUUGAAUGUAAACUCUACCCCUCCAAACCAGUUUUACCCUCAGCUCCUCCUCUACCCUCCCUCUCUGCUCCAGCAGGCCCCGCCCACAAACAGACGCUCCUGCUCGCUCGUAUUGAUAGAUAAGCGAAGAGAGCUUCAGAUCAUUACAAAUGGGGCCCAGUCAAGGUGAAAGUCAAAAGCAUUGGUGCUACUGUAGAUGCCAACAGACUACCAGCAAACACAAUGUUUGCAGGACUUCUACAACUAGGAUAAAGUGACAUAGUCCAGGACCCGAGGGAGGACAGUUUAGCGAUGGCGCUACAACACGCUACAGCAGGUCCGUUUGACAAGAAACACUUCUGUUACAGACACUUGUCUUACUUUGUUAAAGCGGUUUACCUGUCCAGCAGAAAGGUUACAGGGUCACCAAGAUCCCCAAGCGUCCCCCAUCGUUUAUGUUGACCCGGCUUUUUAGCUCUUGUCCGGUCUACCUCCGUUUUAAGCGCCCGUUAUUCCUCCAGAGUCUCCGGUAUUUACUUUGUUUUCUUGCUUGUGUCGGCAGUCGUGGCCAAAGGAGGAUUCCGACAAUUUUCCGAACUUUCUGGUUGGUUUCUACUGUCCGAUAUUGUAGCACGCUAACUUUGUUUGGGCUACUGAACGACACGGGGGAGCAGCGUCUGCCUCACAACCAAUCAGGUUAGAGGAGGUGGAGAACGGCUUUGUUUACAGUCAGAAAGAGCGGACCGCUCAAAAAUGUUCAAAUGUUGACGACACAGACAUAAGAGAACACAGAGAUAUCGUUAUAUUACCAAAUGUCAUCAAUAACUAAUAACUAUUGAUUGAUAUUAGAAGAUUAUUUGUAUAUUUUUUGUAUAAAAAGAUGCUUCUUUAACGGAUUCCUGCCUACCCCACUUUUAAAUAACAUACAAGGCUAACAGCUGCGUGGAUGUGUUAUUAAUGCUACAAACCACAAGUGUAAUUCCAUACCGUCUGAUCCAGAGGAACCUACGAUGAGGGAUGAGGAAGCACAGGGACUCCCAGAAAAGACCGUGGUUGGUGGCUUUGAUGGGAAAAAAAGUGCUGAUGAUUCACUGACUAACGCUCUUUUUUCAGGAGGGCUGCUGGUUGUGGAGUGACGGUACAAUGUAUGAUUUUGACGAUUGGGGCCCCGGACAGCCAAACAACUACCUGAAGAGCCAACACUGCAUGGAGAUGAACUGCAGCGGUAAAAAAAAAAAAAAAAGACUUCCUUUUGUUCCUGAUUUUUUUACCAUCGUUUUAAAUCGGCAUUUCUCUGUGUUGUGUGUCUCCACCUACAGAGGCAGAGUUGCUCAACGACCAUCUUUGUGAAGCGUCAAGGUCUUACAUUUGUGGAAGGCGCAUGAUACCUCGGGAGGCUCACUGAGAACAUCGGGUCUCCAGAGGACCCUUCAGCCCCACCGUCACGGCCAGGCUGACACCAGUCCUCAGAGAUUUACUUACAUUUCUGAUUCACUGAAAUGUUUAUUUCAAUAAACCAAAUAUUCACAGCAGUCAGUCUGAUUUUGUUCUUUUACUCCUCGACAUCAAUUUACAGCUUUUAGCAAAACUUUAGACUUAAGACAAGAAACCAUCAAAUUGACCUCCUCUACUAAAUUUGGAGUCCCCUUUACCUGCUGCUCUCCUUAAACCUUUUCACACUUUAAAAUAAAACCAGUGCAUUAAGCCCCAGUGUGUGUGAAGUGCUGCAGCUCAAGGGGGACAUACUAAGAGGUAACCAUGGUGCAAACAGGAUAAACAGGAAGCUGUGUGCCUCAGAAAACAAGAGCAGCAAGAUUGAACUGUUCCUGAAAUAUUAUCGACCCCUGAUCUCAUCGUGUGCUCCAUGGCUCAGAAAUACACGUCCGGAAAAUACAGUCCCCAGAUUUGUUGUCAAGAUUAUUGGAUUAUUGUCAAGCAGUUUAUUGAGGAGCCACAACAGUGAGUAAAGUAGAAACGCUCGUUCUGAGGCAUUAGUCUGCUGAGAAAUGUGUUGUUGUGCUACAUUUGGGAUCUUUUUUUCCCUUAAACUUCACCAUAUAUAUGUGCAAAAUAAGAAGCGUAUAAAAUCAGGAUGAAUGAAUAUGCAUUAGGAAAAAGAUGAGACGCAUGUGUUCCCUGAGGUCUGGAGAGUGUGUUGCAUCGACGUGUUUCUGUUCCUUAUGUGCAGGAUGCAAACGUCGAUCUUAUAAUAUCAUGGACAGGAGAGGAGCUUCCCUGAGAGAACUGAACCAGGUGACGGCUGCUGCUCGUUUCCUCUCCUGAAACAGAUUUUAUAUCUUACAUGCACGUGUUCUUUUUAUGGAAAAGUGUGUUUGUGACUUUUUCACACCAUAGAAACAUAUCACUGCUAAUUUUAGUUUAUUUCAUAAUCAGUCAAAAGCUCUUCACAGUAGAUUUAAAUAACAAAUUAAACCUAAAUUAGUAAAUAAAGAAACAUUUUUGCCGGCUGCAGCACUCACUGCUGGAUCUCUUAACCCUUAAAUACCUGAAAUAACAAAUUAUGGCCAGAAAAUUCACAUUUUUUGGAGCUGAAAUGUUUAUUUCAUUUACUACUGAAACCCCCCCCAAAAUGAAAAAAUGUCCUUAAAAUUUAACAAAUAUAUUUAUUGAUCUCUUUGAUACAUUCGAUGUUUAUGGAAACUGAUAAACCACAAGAGGACCUGACAGACUCUGUGUGACAGCGCCCUCUGGUGAUCGCUCACGGUCAUAUAUCCAUCCAAGGAUUCAGCACGAGUCCAAACCAUCGACCAAAGACCUGGAGCCAACAGAGCAGCAGGUUUGUGAUAGAUUUGUUCAGCCUGUGGUUAAAAACAGCAGAAUAAUCCCAAACUCAAAACUGAAGAUACUCCUGCUGCUUCUUUUCUUCAGGCAGGCGUGUUCACGGCCGACAGUCAGGCUGAGCUCUCCUCAGCUGUGAGGGAUGAGCUGUGCGACUGGCAGCCGUCCACCCCGACAUCAGUGGAGGACGAGUCCUCAGCUCUCGAUCUGACCUUCAGUGGGACACUGAGUCGACCUGAGAUUACUCACCUGUUUCUGAAACAUAACGUUCCUCUGAAGUUCCCAACUUUUUCUCUGCUCCUCCAGAUGUUUUCAGACAAAAAUGAUCCAGAUCAGGUGAGGGAGCAACGACGGAUUAGUGCGUGUUUCCGUUUCUUAUUAGUGUUGAGCGAAGGAAGGAGAAUGAGAACAUGA